ACAUGUUAUGGCGAAACUGUAGCAGUUGGUAAUUUGUCCGUUAUUCAUUACAUAAAAUUUGCAUUUCACAUAUGUAAAAGAUACAUGGUUUAAGUGUUUUACAAAAUAUGACAGGUUGUUUUAUAAUUACAAGGAAUACUAACAUUUAAUUUUCUACAGACUGAUGCUAGUAUCCUAAAAUUAUUGAUUUUAUAUUGUUACCCCAAUAAUAUUAAAGUAUACAAUACUGAAGAAAGGUACACUUAUUUAACGAUAAAAAAAAAAAGAAGAAAAAAAAAAGAAAAGAUUAUUGAAGAAAACAAAAAGGAGAAAAAUUAAUAUUAAGGUGAUUAGAGUUGCGCCCCUUUGCUCGUUCGUCGUCAACUACAGAAACAAGACUUACAAGAAUAGCCCGAUCUUGUUCCGUCACUCUUGAUUUCUUUUCCUUCUUCCCAAACAAGUUCCCCAUGGUAACAGGCUGCACACCAAAAUAAAUUGCUACCACAUGGAAAUGAAAGAUGAGAGCGAUGAGAAAUCUUACCAUUUGUGCUGUUUUCCUUGUUAGCCUUGCUAGAAGUGAUAAGCCACAGAUAAAAAGACAUCUAACAAAGAAUGGAUUCCACCGGGAUCUUGUUACUCACAUUGAAUGGAAUAUGAAGCCCUUUCAUGGUUCCAGAUUAGACAAUUGCCAUUUACUCAUGCAGGAAACUCUUCCUGCAGGAUUGUAUGUAGAUCCUUACCAGCUUAAUUCUCUUCUGCCAUUUGGAGGACCUCAGGUUUUGAUUGACCAGCCAGUGGACAUAGAAGCUCCAGAAUACAAGUCAUCACCUCUGAAUAUCUACGUGUUCGCUCGACUCUACCCAGUGAAGCAAUCAAAAGGACAACACACUGCCGAUGUUACUCUGCCUCUACAUCUACGGUACCACCGUCCUUCAAGUAGACCGGGUCAGAAAUAUCACCGACUAACAAUCAACAAUCCCGUGAUUUUCACAAACUGUUCUGUACACGAUUCCGAAGGUUUGUCUGUAUCAGCAUGUGAUUAUCUCAAUUCUUCGGUGUGCUGGUGGCACCAACAUCCAGUUGAAUUGGUUUCAGGUGCCAUUAAACUAUCCAUUCCCAUUGGUCAUCAGAGUCACCUGACCUUGGUUGUCAUAGGAACCCUAUCGGUCACUGCUGCUGGCUGUCUCUUCAUAAUGUAUACUGUGAUUACCAAAGACUUGUCCACAAACAAAAAGACAAUAUGAGAAUUAUGCAAUUUUAGAACUGGAAGGAAAAUUAUUCAAUAUUUUUACACCUAAAUGUCCAUUUAAAAGUUGCAUGAUAUUGAUCAGAUUGUCUAACUUAACGACGACACUAACAGCCAGUUGCUGUAACUGUGAUAUCAACUGGGCUUUACUCAUGGCAGGUUUUUGCCAGUGGAUAAAUAUUAUUAUCAUUGAUUUUUAAUUUUGUGUUUCUUGUAAACAUUACCAAUUUAAAUUUGUUGUAGGCAAAUUCAAAAUAGCUAUAGGUGAUACAUUUUUACGUUAAGACCUGUGCUCCGUUCCACAAAUUGGUCUUAGCCCUUAGAUCACCGUACGUGCAUAAAGUAGUUAAAUCUUCAGGUGAUCUUAGCACAAAGAUUGCUUUGUGGAAUGGGACCCAGGUCUUAUUAGACUCCAAGACUCUGGCUAUUACAAUGAAAAUACCAGCCUAAAAACAAUUGGAAGUUGGUAGGCAAUAUAUAUAUAAAAAAACAAAUUGGGGUACAGUAAUAUAGUCUUCAGCUAGAAACUAAAAAGUGAACAUUUUCAUAUUUGUUGGUGGGUGGUGAUGAUGAUGAUGAAGAAGAGGAGGAACUCCCAAUGUUAAUUCUUCAUUGUGUGUUUAAGAACACCCUUUGACUCAUUAUUCAUGUCUGAAUUCAAUUUCAGUUGAUCAUUCCAAACGUUUUACAUCCAAUAGCUCAUAAUUAAUAAAUCGAGGUCAUUUGAACUGUAAUAAAUAUUAACCAAUU